CUCGCACCGCACCGCACCCGGCCUCGUCACGCAGCCAUGUGGCCCUUCUCCUCGUCCUCGUCUUCCUCCUCGGCCGGGCCCUCGUCGGCACCCGGCGCGUCAGAACCGAGCACCGCCGCCGCCGCGCCCUCUUCCUUUGUGCCCGACGCCUCCGUCUCGUCGUCGGCCGCGUCGCCCUCGUCGCACUACUCCGCCAGCGGCGCCGCCGAGUACGUGCCGCCGAGCGCGUCGGCGCUGCUGCUCGACCCCGCCUUCUCGCCCGCGGCGCUGCACCCGCUCGCCGGCCUCGGCAAGGAGGACGUCGAGUACCUCGACAUCGUCGACGCCCAGCCCGCCACGCUCGAGGGCGCACGCACCGCGCUGCCGAGCCGGGGGUGGAGCGACGACCUGUGCUACGGCACGGGCACCACGUACCUCUCGGGUCUUGCGCUCGGAGGUCUGCUCGGUGCGCGCGAGGGCUUCUUCCGGCCGCUGGGCGUGGCGAACCCGACGUUCCGGCUGCGCCUCAACGCCGUGCUCAACCAGGUCACACGGCGCGGCUCCUUCUUCGGUAACAGCGCCGGUGUCAUUGCGCUCAUCUACAACCUCGCCGAUGCGAGCAUCGAUGCCGCGCGCGGCAAGCAUGACCUGGCAGGCAGCGUGGGUGCCGGUGCCGUCAGUGGCGCGCUGUUCAAGUGCACCGCCGGCGUGCGGCCGAUGAUGAUCUCGUCUGCCAUCAUGAUGGGCGCUGCGGCAACAUGGACGCAGGCAAAGCAGGCGCUUCUUUGAGCAGCUGCAGCAGGAGCAGUGCUAUGCUUCGCCAGGGCAUCUCUCAGCCGACUGGCGCGGCCGGGAGACGCAGAAGCAGAUCCGCAUCGGCGCAUACGCCUGCAGCACGCGGGACGAGACG